CUCAUUCUUGCUGUGAAAUCAAUUCUUACAAAUUUCUGACAACAUGAUGAAUACUCUAAUCCAAAUUUGGAGAUGGGUUAUGCAGCCAAAGGUGUGGAGAUUUGUGGGUUCUGUUUCAGCUGUUAUUGGACUGCUCUUUUAUGGUCUCAGCUCUGAUAUUUUCUCUCCCCACCCCCCACGUUUCUUUUAUACCCCCCUUAAAUCCCAAUUUGCCCUUCGAAAAUGACCAAAUUUUUGGUUAGCGAAUUCGGGUUUUACGAAUCGAAACAAUAAAAACUUCGGUUUUUAAAAACCACUCGCUUCGUCCUUCGAGUUUUACGAAUCAAAGUAUGUUUAUAUAGAAAGCAACCUCUCACAUUCUUCAUCACUUUCAAUACUUCAUCCCCACACUACCAAAAGAGAUCCCAAAAUCCAAUCCGUUUUUCACUCAAAUCGCUGCUUAAAAUCAAGUUUGGAACGUUUGCUAAGGGUUGGAACGCGAUUUGAAGCACAAUAUUAAGUUAUGGCGGGCAAACGAGAGCUUGUGCUAGGUAUCUGUGCCCCGGGAAUUGUUGAGGUUCCGCCUGAUAAACCUCCAUCUAGACCUGUUGCAUAUGAGAUUGAUACAUCGGAUCAUUUUUACACUGAAAUGGCAACCCCUGACCGAGAUGAGUUGAUUAGAUGGGCUCGGGAGAUUGCCUUAAAGCUAAAGUUUGCAAUUGUAAUUGGCAAAUCCGACAACGGCAGCGAUAAGAGGAAGCAAUAUUUCAGGUUGGAUUGCGAGCGGGGAGGCCGGUACGUGUCAACAAAUAAGAAGCUAAAAUCUGAUCAAACCGGCACGAGGAAAUGCGGCUGUCCAUUUCGACUCUGUGGUUAUUGUCAUGCCGAUAAAACAUGGCAUUUGACCGUUGUAAACGGAAAACAUAACCACGAGUUGGACAAGGCAGUUGAAGGCCAUCUCAUUGUCGGUCGUCUCAAACCGAAAGAAAGGCAAUGUAUGGAGGAAAUGUAAAGGAAUCUGGUUCCGCCUAAGAAUAUAAUGUCCACAUUGAAAGAUAGGGAUCCAAACAACAUGACAACGGCAAAGCAACUCUACAAUUUAAGUCAUCGAUUAAAACUUAAAAUGAGGGCAUCAAUGACUAAAAUGCAACACCUCUCCAAAAGACUUGUCGAGACCGGGUAUUUUUUCAAACAUAGAACGGUUGUUGCAGACGGAUCCGAACAUGUUCAAGACAUUUUCUUUGCACAUCCUAAAUCUAUAAGUUUGUUCAAUUCUUUUCCUAUUGUGCUUUUGAUGGAUUCGACAUACAAAACAAACAAAUACAAAAUGCCGUUAUUUGAGAUUGUCGGAUUCACAUCAACUGGGAGAUCUUUCAAUGUUGCAUUUGCUUGGCUUACCAAUGAAAGAGAAGACAACUUCACUUGGGCUCUAGAGCAGUGUGUCAGUCUCUUAAGGAAUGAGGAUGUUAGACCGAAGGUGAUUGUCACCGAUAGGGAUUUGGCUCUGAUGAAUGCAGUUUCCGAGGUAUUUCCAACAUCGGCUGCAAUGGUUUGUCGUUUCCAUGUAAAAAAGAACGUGAGCUCUAAGAUGAAGGAAAUUGUGAAAAUCAAGAAUGGAGAGAAUGAGAAGCAGACUGAUGUGUGGGAUCAAAUCACCGAUGCUUUUAAUGAUGUGUUGGAGUCGCCAACGGAAAAAGAAUAUGCUGACAAUGUUAUGGUGUUUAGGGAGCUUUGUGCGAGAUGGCCAAAGUUUUUGCGUUAUGUUGAAGAGACUGUCCUAGACACUGAUAAAGAAAGGGUUGUCAAUGCUUGGGUAGACCAACAUAUGCACAUGGGGAAUCACACCACGAAUAGAGCUGAAUCAUGUCAUGGUGUGUUGAAAGGUUACUUGAAGGACGGUAACGGUGACUUGGUGAAAGGAUGGGAAGCGAUAAAUAAGAUGUUGAUAAGUCAGUUCACCGAAUGCCAUCUUUCAACAAAUGCCCAUAUAACCCCAUAG